AUGAGUGACUGUCAGCAUUUACGAUGUCCCAUUACAUUGGAACUGUUCAUUGACCCAGUUUUAGCCGAAGAUGGUCAGACAUAUGAGCGAAGUGCAAUUAUUCAGUGGAUACAACAACAUGGAACAAGUCCAUUUACGAGACAACAACUCAGUGUACUUCGCUUAACACCAAACCGUGCAAUUAAAACUGCUGUAGAGAAUUUCAAAAGACAGAAUCGAGAGAGUAGACGGCCAAGUGCUCCUCGAGAAUCUAUUAGAAAUACUGUACCACGAUCGAAAACUGAUGUUGCACGUGUUGAAUGUGUUUAUUGUGGCGACUUGCAGAAUUCGAAUUCAAUCAAAAACCAUCAGGUUAGUUCGAUACCAUUAGUAGUGUGA